UCUCAGAAGCAUCGCGGUUUUGAACAGAGCGAGCAGUGCAGCGGCGCGUGCGUUCCGUGUCCUCCUGCACUUUCUCUCCGGACCCGCGAGGCUCGAGCGACCCAUGACAACUUUCAUCUGACUCCAGCUUUCAUUUUUUUUUUUUUUAAUUUUCAUCCUUUUUUUUUUAGUUUCACCCAUUUGUCAUCAUCAUCUUCAUCAUUAUUAUUAUUGUUGCUGUUGUUCUUGUUGUUUUCAUUUCAUCAUUUACUCCACUUGCCAUCGUUUUUGAACUGGAGCUCGCGCACUCCUCGCCUUAAACGGAAUACCUCGAGCUGCUUUUGCGCGAGCGCGCGCCUCUCUCUCCCUCUCUCUCUCUCUCUCUCUGAGUGUGUGAGUGAGUGUGUGUGAGUGUGUGUGUGUGAGCGGUGCUCUGGUCUCGCUCUCGCUCCUUGUUGGAAUUGGUCCCCCCCUCCCCUUGGCCGUCUUCUUUCCGCCAGCGCGCGCUGAAGUGAACGGAGGAGCGGAUUAACUUGGUGAUGUGUGUACGGAGCUCCGGCGCGAGCGCGCGGCUCGCCUCUCUUUAAGGGAUCAUGUACCUGUCCUCUUCCUCUCUGCUCAGCACAGGCCCGACGGAGAGAGCUGCCCACUCAGCGUCACUCUGACCUUCUUCUUCUUCUUCUUGUUAUUAUUUUUAUUAUUUGAAGUAGUAGUAUUAUUAUUAUUAUUACCGCCGUUGCUGAGUGAGACUCUGACGCGCCUGUGCUCGUGUCGCCUCUCGGAGCUUGGGAUCAGUGCACGAGGCGCAGCCGCCGUUCCUCCCGGACUAGCAGCUCCAGCGGGAUGCUCUACCCGUAGCAGGCUCUCCGGGCUUUGCUUUGUGUUGGACUCUCGCACCUGGAGUCGGGAUAUCAGGAGUUGGGAUUGUCUGCGACACUCCUCAGGGGCGUUUCUUUUAUUGUUGUUAUUUUUUUUUGUAUUGUAUUCGCACAUUUCUGUCGCGUGAAACGGAUUUAGAGGUCAUGGGGGAGUCUCUGUGGACGUACUACUUUGGGGUGUUGGUGCUCGCGUGCAAGGUGAACGCCACCGUACUCGAGUCCAUCUACUGGAACACGACCAACACCAAGUUCGUUCAAGGUCAGGGUUUAGUCCUGUAUCCUCAGAUUGGUGAUAAAAUGGACAUUGUGUGUCCACGAGUGGAGGGUGGCUCCAUGGACGGAGUCGAGUACUACAAACUCUACAUGGUUCCUCGCGAGCAGCUGGACUCGUGCACGGUGACGAAGGCCGACACGCCGCUGCUGAACUGCGUCAAACCCGACCAGGACGUCAAAUUCACGCUCAAGUUCCAGGAGUUCAGUCCCAACCUCUGGGGCCUGGAGUUCUUCAGAGGAAAAGACUACUACAUCAUCUCAACAUCGAACGGCACGAUGGAGGGCCUGGAGAACCAGGAAGGAGGAGUGUGUAAAACGAAGUCCAUGAAAAUCGUCAUGAAGGUCGGACAGAACCCAUCAGACCCUCUUCCUCCUAAAGAGUAUCCCACCAAACAUCCGCCCAAAUACUCAGACACGGGCAAGGAUAAUUCCAACGAAGUGCUCGACAAACAAGGAUCGUUUAAUCACGACAGUGAGACAGUCGACGGUGGCAGUGGAGGUAAAUCAUCAUCGGUGAUCGGCUCCGAGGUGGCUCUGUUCGCCGGCGUCGCCUCGGCCUGCGUGAUCGCCGUGGCCGUCGUGGCCAUGCUGGUAGUGCUGCUGCUCAAACACCGGCGGCGCCACGGCAAGCACUCGCCCCAUCACACCACCACGCUGUCGCUCGGCUCGCUGGCCACGCCCAAAAGAGGCGGCGGCAACAACAACGGCUCCGAGCCCAGCGACAUCAUCAUCCCGCUGAGGACGGCCGACAGCGUCUUCUGCCCGCACUACGAGAAGGUGAGCGGCGAUUACGGCCACCCCGUCUACAUCGUGCAGGAGAUGCCGCCUCAGAGCCCUGCUAACAUCUACUACAAGGUGUGAGAGACUGAGGACUAACUUUGAACUUUGACCCUGUUGCCCCCUCAAUGAAUCAGCCCCUCCCCAUAGGGGGGCGGGUGACGAAGCUCGCUCUGCGCCUCUUCUCGUGGCUGUCGUAAAAUUUUUGUUUUUAUUUUCCGAAUAUUCCUUAUUAUUCUUCAGUGUAGAGUUUUUAAGCGGUGGAGUGAGGCUGCUGCUUUUAACCCCCUCACGAUUAGAAACACGUGCACUAAAUGAUGUGUGUUUGUGAGGUGGGGGUGUGUUUAAGGGCCCGUGUUUAAAAGCGGUGAGGGGACAAGGGUGACUCUCCUUAUGUGGAGAAGGACAAAAUAAGAACGACAGAAUGAAGUGACUCAAGUAAAAAAAAAAAUAUCAAGGAACCCUGACUGCGAACUGGUGCCUGUCAUGGGGAAACUCCUCGGUUCAUUGGUCACAGAUACAGGAAGUGGACUUUGAGGAAACAGGACUCAUCGGACGCACUGUCGGACCUUAACACGGACAUCACCUGUUUCACUCGCCUUCUUGGUCACCGUUUUUUCGUUCGUUUCCACUCUCCCUUCAUCUCGAAAACUUCUUUUAUCUCCUGCAAAGUGACUGUCACAAUCGUUACUUGAAGGCUUUGCGUAUGGUCACGUGUCUUACUCGCAUUUCUCUUCGUCAUUCCCAAUAUGGCUCAUGUGCAGAUUCGUUUGAUAGAUCUAGGUAUUGUCAUAGAGAUCCUGUUGUGCUGGUUAAUUCGUGCUGUUUGUACAUUGUGUGGGACACACACACACAUACACACACAGAUAUACACAGAUACACACUGACAUCACACACAUUUCACUUAUGUAAGUUCGAAGCCAAGGGCUAGAGAGAGCAGAGGGGGUAAGAAUAAACAAGAGCUUAUUGGAAGGUAGGGGAUAAAUGUGAACACUUUAGCAGCACUUUUAAAAAACCUACCACCUGGCCCAUAUGACACACACACACACACACACACAAAAGAGAGUGAGUGACAGUGAAAUGGUGGCAUUGGCAAUAAUUGUCCUACUGCCAUUACUAUCACGCUCACACAACAUUUUUCAUAAAACCCUUUCUGAUGAACUGGUGCUGUCAUACUCAUGCAAAAGCACAGGGUCAUCUGACGCAUUGCUAUUAGCAUAAUUAUUAUUAUUAUUUACUUUUUUUUUUAAUGAAACAGAAGACUUAAUUAACAUUUUGUUAUGCUGAUGAUUUUGUUUAGUUGUACAUUAAAAUGGAGGAGAUGAGAUUAAAAAAAAAAAAAAAAAAAAAAGACGUGGAAGCAAACAGAAAGAAGUAGAAAGAACUUAUUUAUGAUACACAGAGCACACAAAUGGCCAGGCAGAUAUUAAUAACUUAGCAAGCAGGCACAUUAUGCAAACAUAGACCUUUCCCAUUUUUUCUGAAACAUUUAUCACCCCUCCCCCAUUCACACCAAUUGCGAUCAAUCCGUACACAAAUAGUUGCCUUUUGAACCACAUAUACUACACAUACUGACACAUAUGGCCAGGAAAGGGGCAGCUUGGGAAAGAAAGCUCGAGAGAAAACAGCAUGUUGGGUUUAAAAUAGCUGAAAGGAAUGAGAAGGAAGGGCCAAAAAGAGUCUGGAGGAAAGGCUAGUCUGGCAGAAUCUUGCUUAGCGAGGAUAAACUAAACCGGCUCCUCUAGCCUGGCUGUCUUGUUUGAUGAAGCUCAGAGAGCUUUGGGUUGAAAUUAGGCCUCUCAAGUGGGAAGGAGGGCAGUGGACAAGAGUUACGAAGCCAGCCAGAAGGGAAUUAGCUCAGGCUAAAAUUGCGAGUCAUAAAAAAGGGCAACUUUCGUGCUACUCCCUAGGCAAAGAAAUGUUGACAUUGAACACAAAGAGAGCUGCUGGCAGGCGAGGAAGUAGCCAAUUGGAGUCUGUAGCUGCACCCAUGGGACCGACUGGGUGGAUUCCCACAGUCCUCUACGUACUCGUCCCUCAGCUCUCACGAGAAACCCCUCUGGUCAGUGUAAUGGUGUGUGUGGUUGUACAUGUGAACCUUUCUAUUGAACUAUUCGUGUAUUUCUCUCAUUGACACUUCACACAUUGAUAAGGUUCACCUGCGGUGGACUUUGGAGAUUUCGAUAACUCGACAUAAGCAGAGAUUUGGCUGUGGGUCGCCAUGGUCACGUAUUAAUUGUUCAUAUUUUUCAUUUCCAUCUGUUUCAUGGAGAUUGUCAAAUCUCGCCAAGAAGCCAAGCCUUGUGGGAUCUGAGGUUUGUGCCUCUGUAAGAGGCCGCAAAAUAAGCAAAUAUGCAAUUUUUAUUUAUUUUUGUAACAAUUGAGAGACAAAAUGAAAUGCUUACACCUAUGGAAAAGUGUUCUUAUCCACUGAAAUGAGUGAAAUUAAACGAAAACAAUACAACAUAAACAAAACAACACAAUCCUCUUGUGUUUCCUUUUUUUCUGAAAUAGUAUUCUUUUUAUAAAGUGAGUUUUUUUUUUUAUUUUGUGCAGUAGAUAUGAGGUAAACUGUGAAAACACAUUCACAAAAUUGAGCAGAUGCUUUGAAACUCAUAUUACAGAACACACACCCAUGCCAGUGUUUGGUUGCUGUCUGAUAAGGAACUAAAAAAAAAAAAAAACGACAAUCUUCUUAGUUUCUUUGAA